CAGAAUACCUGGCGGCCUUGUUGUCAUUUGAGCUGUUCGAGCAGAACUACACUGUGCUGACUGUAUUUUGUAAUAAUGUCGCCCCAACACUUGACACAAUUUUCAGCUUAAAAUUAAUUCUAUAUUUCGCUAAUCUUUUUUUGUCAAGAUUAUAAAGUGGCGGUUAAGAUGAAAUGGAGAUAACGCGUAGCAGACCUUCCCUGUAUGGAGAUAUCGCCCAUGGUCUCGGAUUCUGGACUGAUCGAUCCACGGUCCAUGAGGCGGCGGCCCAGGGAAGAGCGGUGCAGCUGCAGCAGCUGAUUGAAAGCGGUGCGGCUGUGAACAUGGUGGCCGUGGACUCCAUCACGCCUUUACACGAAGCGUGCAUACAGGGACACACCCAGUGCGCCAGAUUGCUGCUGGGCGCCGGCGCUCAGGUGGAUGCUCGUAACAUAGACGGAAGCACGCCUCUGUGCGACGCCUGUGCUGCGGGCAGUCUGGAGUGUGUCAAGCUGCUGCUGGAGUACGGAGCCACGGUCAACCCUCCGUUGUUUACCUUCUCGCCGCUUCAUGAGGCGUGCAUGGGAGGCAAUUCCGAUUGUGUCCAGCUGAUGAUCGACCGAGGAGCCUUCCUUGAGGCUCACGACUGCCACUAUGGUACGCCGCUCCAUGUCGCUUGUGCCAGGCAACAUUACGACUGCGCCAAAGUUCUCCUCAAUGCAGGUGCAAACGUGAACGCCGCCAAGCUGCACGAGACGGCCCUCCAUCACGCGGCCAAGGCGAGGAACGUCCGCUUGAUCGAGCUGCUCGUUGAGUUCGGUGCUAACUUGAACGCCAGAGACAACCUGGACAGGAAGCCCAUCCAGUACAGUGGUUUAGGAUCGCCUUCCUACCUCUGCUUUCAGUUCUACCAGGACACACCCCUCAGUCUCCAGCAGAUCAGCCGGGUGGCUUUGAGGAGGAUCUUAGGCGUACGGGCGCUGGCCGUUUUCUCGAAGUUGGGUCUGCCCAAUCGCAUCGCAGGUUUUCUCUCGUACACGCCGCCUCCCGUUGUCAAAAUCUGAUGGAGCCAUGGAGAACAUUUUGACUGAUAAAGCUGCGAAUUGGUCCUAGGCGGGGAUCUCCCAACUUUUUUCCUUCUGAAACUGAAAAUGGCCCAGAGCCAAUCAUUUUUUCUGGCGUUUAUUUUAAUAGCUUAAGUAAACACAAGACUGAAUGCAUCAUGGCAGCACGGUGGAACAGGGGUUAGUGCAUCUGCCUCACAGUACGAAGUAGUCCUGAGUUCAAUCCCGGACUCAGGAUUUUUCUGUGUGGAGUUUGCAUGUUCUCCCCGUGACUGCGUGGGUUCCCUCCGGGUACUCCGACUUCCUCGAACCUCCAAAGACAUGCACCUGGGGAUAGGUUGAUAAGCAACUCCAAAUUGGCCCUGGUGCGUGAGUGUGAAUGUUGUCUAUCUAUCUGUGUUGGCCCUGCGAUGAGGUGGCAACUUGUCCAGGGUGUACUCCGCCUUCUGCCCGAAUGCAGCUAAAAUAGGGAUUUCAACAUCUAAGGUCCAUAAUAUCAUCAAAAGGUUCAGAGAAUCUGGAGAAAUCACUCCACUUAAGCGGCAUGGCCAGAAACCAACAUUGAAUGACCGUGACCUUCGAUCCACUGUAUCAAAAACCGACAUCAAUCUGUAAAGGAUAUCACCACAUGGGCUCAGGAACACUUCAGAAAACCACUGUCACUAAAUACAGUUGGUCGCUACAUCUGUAAGUGCAAGUUAAAGUUCUACUAUGCAAAGCGAAAGCCAUUUAUCAAUAACAUCCAGAAACGGCGCCGGCUUCUCUGGGUCCGAGAUCAUCUAAGAUGGACUAAUGCUCAGUGGAAAAGAGUUCUGUGGUCUGACGAGUCCACAUUUCAAAUUGUUUUUGGAAAUAUUCAACAUCGUGUCAUCCGGACCAAAGGGGAAGCGAACCAUUCGGACUGUCAUCGACACAAAGUUCAAAAGCCAGCAUCUGUGAUGGUAUGGGGGUGCAUUAGUGCCCAAGGCAUGGGUAACUUACACAUCUGUGAAGGCACCAUUAAUGCUGAAAGGUACAUACAGGUUUUGGAACAACAUAUGCUGCCAUCUUUUUCAUGGACGCCCCUGCUUAUUUCAGCAAGACAAUGCCAAGCCACAUUCAGCACGCGUUACAACAGCGUGGCUUCGUAAAAAAAGAGUGCGGGUACUUUCCUGGCCCGCCUGCAGUCCAGACCUGUUUCCCAUGGAAAAUGUGUGGCGCAUUAUGAAGCGUAAAAUACGACAGCGGAGACCCCGGACUGUUGAAGGACUGAAGCUCUACAUAAAACACGAAUGGGAAAGAAUUCCACUUUCAAAGCUUCAACAAUUAGUUUCCUCAGUUCCCAAAUGUUUACUGAAUGUUGUUAAAAGAAAAGGUGAUGUAACACAGUGGUGAACAUGCCCUUUCCCAACUACUUUGUUACGUGUUGCAGCCAUGAAAUUCUGAGUUAAUUAUUAUUUGCAAAAUAAAAUAAAGUUUAUGAGUUUGAACAUCAAA